ACCAUUUUCCUUCACAAGUUCACAUCCAUUUUCUCCACAAUCUUCCUUUUCUCUUAGUUCAUCGCUAAUCCUGUUUUCGUGUCAAUGGCCGGUAUUAAAGUUCACGGAAUCCCCACUUCUACAGCCACAGCUAGGGUUCUAGCUGCCCUCUACGAAAAGGGCCUUCAAUUCGAGCUUGUUAAUGUUAAGUUGCAUGAAGGGGAACACAAGAAAGAGCCCUUCCUCUCAAUCAAUCCCUUUGGUCAAGUUCCUGGGUUUAACGAUGGAGAUCUGACGCUUUUUGAAUCCAGGGCGAUCACGCAGUAUAUCUCGGGAAAUUAUGCUAGCAAUGGAACCGAGUUGAUUCCGAAAGACUCCAAGAAAGGGGCGGUCGUGUUAACGUGGAUCGAGGUGGAGAGCCACCAUUUUGACCCAGUAGCCAUGAAACUGGUGUUCGAGUUCUGCCUAAAGCCAUUAUUUGGGCUGGGUGAUGCAGAUCCUGCAGUGGUUGAGAAAAGCGAAGCUGAUUUAGGCCAAGUUCUUGACAUCUAUGAGAAAAGGCUGUCCGGGUCCAAAUACUUGGGAGGUGACUCCUUCAGCUUGGCUGAUCUGCACCAUCUCCCCGUAUUAGGCUACCUGUUGGCUACACCGUCGAAGAAACUGUUUGAAUCUAGACCCCAUGUCAAUGCUUGGGUGGCUGAUAUCAUAGCCAGGCCAUCUUGGGCCAAAGUCCUUGCUCUCCGCAAGUGAUGGAGCCUUAGACUUUGCAGAUGGGUCUUGAUUUGUGCUGAUCAUAUCAUCACAAACUUGAAUAAAAGACUGUACUGUGGUAGUGUCUUCUCUGUAGGUCCUCUCUGUUUCUGUGUGUUGUGUGUAUCAUCCAUGUAACGAGCUUGGUGCUUCUGAGUAUGACGAACUGGAUCUGUGUGAUUAUCAUAUUCAGAGGAAUUGGUUGCUAUACAUGAUGAACUAUUAGAUCUCUGAGUUUGUUUUCUUCCUACUUCAUAUGAACAUUGAUAG